AUGUCUUCGUCUUCGUCUUCAAGACAGACAACCCACCGUCGUACUACUAGCUUAAAUGCAUUCAACAGCUCUUCUGACAAUCUACUUGCUGUGCCCAAUCAAACAAUCGGCAGGCAGGCAUCUCAACAGCUUUCUCCCAUAGUUACCCAGAAGAAUUGUCACUUGUCAGUAAUACCGGAGAAAUUAGCUCCAUUGACUCCGCCAUUAACGCCCUCUAAGAUGAAGCCGUUCGAACAAUGGUCCUGGAAUUGGUGUGAUCCGAAAUAUAGCAAAUAUACUUCUGUCGUGACAAAAAUUAAGAAUGUCGUGUUUCCACUGGCAUUCUUUAUUGCGAUCUUUGUAUUUCUUAGCAGUUUGGGUGGCCUCGGACCGAUCGACGACGAAUUGAAGGUGAAUAGCCAGAGCUUUACGCCGGUCGAAAAUACGAUAAGCCAUGAGCCAAUAUUCAACAAUGACUAUCCAGGAACCGAUGAGCAUACAGACCACAACGAGGAUCCAUUUGGUAUAAGUCAACCUAGUUUUGAUGGGACAGAUAAUUGGAAUGGCAAUACAAACGAUAAUGUAAUACAUGAAAACUACGAUGAACAACCUUAUAAUGUCGAGGCUUCAUCAAUCCAUAUGAAUGUGAAUGAAGACGAGAAUAGAGUCGGUGACUAUAGUGAGGGUGGCAAUAAUGAUGAUGGAAAUAACGGUAUCGACAAUAAUAAUGUUGACUAUAAUUAUGGUGACAAUAACGACGGUGACAAUACAUUCAACGAAAAUAAUGCGAAUAAUAAUGUAAAUAAUCCCGUAAAUGACAAAAUCAGCGACUUGGUUGAACCCAAAAAUACCAAUUACGAAGGAGAAGACACCGAUUCCACUGGUCGUCUUCUUGAAGCCCAAGAUGGUGUAUUUAAUGAUUUGAAGAAUCAAAAUGAUGGUGGCGAUCACAGCAGCAAUAUCAAUAGUUAUGCUGAUUACCUACGUCAGUACGCAUACGUACGUUCUGAUCCUCAUUAUACUUACACCAAUGCAUUGAAAUCAUUGACUGCCGAAGAUAAGACAAAGCUUGCCGAGCUACGGUCUGAAAUUGCUUAUGCUGAUGAAAGUGCAGACAUUUCCUGUGGAUCAUGGCAAGAGAAGUAUACCAGGUUACAUGAAGACAUGAGGGAAGGCAAGAGACCACCUAGAUUUGUUAGCUAUGUAUGUGACGAAUCAAGCGACUGUGGUGGAUUAGCAGAUAGAUUAUUGGGCAUGUCAUCAACAUUCAUAUUCGCCCUGCUCACCGAUCGUGCCUUUCUGGCAGAAUGGAGAACACCAAUUCCUCUUGAAGCAAUUUUCGAAUCUCCAAAUAUAGAUUGGGGCUACGAUUCAUCCGAUCCGGGUGCAGUACUCAAAGAUCUCAUUCCGACACCUCUUGACGUGGUCAAUUUCAGUGCUCAACACAUAGAUCGUCUAUUUCUCCAUUCAAACUGGACCAUUAAAUAUCCCGAACCUUUUAUUAAAUUCCACACUAACCGUGGGAUGGUAUUGCGGACGUUCAGCUCACGCAUCUAUGCUCCUCAGCUAAAUAUUAUGGGUUUGCGGCCACAUACAUCAUUUGGAUGCAUUCUCGACUAUCUAUUCCGCCCGAGUCCUCCAGCAAUGUCAUUUGUCGCUGAGUAUGCUGCACUGUUUACCCUUCCUCGUAUCUUCUCUGUUGGUAUACAGAUAGGGACAGGAGAAAUCAUGAAUGACUAUUCAGUUGGGAAUUCUCGGAAGUAUUCACUACAUAGAUACAGGAACUUCUUCAAAUGUGCCGAUGAACUAGUAGAGACAUACGCUAUGCCUUGGCAGAAAGUAGUCUAUUAUUUGGUAACUGAUUCUGAAACGUUGAGAAAUGAGGCAAUGACAAUGGAAAAUGUAAUCAUAUCCGGGCUACCUAUCGGCACCAAGGCAGAGAAUGGACCUGCUGAUCCUGUGCACAACGCUGUCAUCGAAAAUUGGAUUUUAAGUAAAACUAACUAUAGGAUCAUAUCACCUGGAAGCCUUGGUAAAUUAGCUGCUCUCCACUCUAAAACACUUCAUUCAACAAUCACUAUUUACCCCCAAACAGAAACAAAUCUGCAAAAUGGAUACCAUCGGUCAAUUACAGACUGCACAAAAGAGGAUGCAUUUACAAUGUUCCGCGAGUUUGCGUCUGAUCCAUCACUUGCUUAA